GAGGGAGGGUCAGUGUGUGCUAGGUAGUGACGGGGAGAGGGCGGUGUGGCGCAGCUGGCUCUCUCGGCGGUAACAGUGAUCAAGCCGUUUCAAGAGGGUAUGAUGCCACAGCGAUCACUAUGAUGCUGAACUUAACGCCGGUGCUCCAGGAAAGCAAAGGAAGGUUUAAAUCGCUCAUGAACCUUUAAAACAGGAAAACAACAACAACACAUGUGAUCAUAGAAGAAAGUGAAAACUGAGAAAAAGAAACUGUGAGGUGAAAGGAAGGAUACAAAUAGAAUAUGUAGUGAAAGAAUGAGGGAAAAAGUGAAAUAUGAAAUGAAAGAGAGGAGAAAACGGGAAUAUGAAGUGAAAGAAAGAGGAAUAUGAUCUGAAAGGAAAACAAACACUGGAGUAUGAAUUGAAAGAAAGGAAUAAACUGGAAAAUGAAAUGAUAGAGGAAAAACUGGAAUAGGAAUUGAAAGGAAUAAAACUGGAAUGUGAAUUGAAAAAAGAUAUAAAACUGGAAACUGAAUAGGAAAAAAAAGAAACUGAAAUAUGAACUAAAAUAAGAAAAAUAAAUCUGAACUUGAAAAGGGAAAAAAAAACAAUUCUCAAGUGAAAAAUAGAAAAUAAGACAGGAUUGUUUUAUUGAAUCUUGUUGAAAGAGUGAACUGACUGAACAGCGACCAAAACAAACAAGCAAACAAACAAAUAAACACUAACCACGACUAACAAGAGAAGGGUCGCCGCGGGAGGACAAUGCGUCACCCAGCCAACCUCUACCUGGCAACACUGUGGCUGGUGUCCAUAAAAGGAGCGUGGAGCAGCGGCCUGCCCCGAGUGUGGUGGCUGCCGGGUACCGUCGCCGAGGAGGGCAACACAGUGGAGCUUGUGUGCCAGGUGGCGGCGGGGGAGCUCGGUCCGGCCAUCUGGCUGAAGCUGGACCCUCAGGACCCCAACAACCACAUGCUGCUGUCUCACGGGGACCUGUUGAUCACGGAGGACCCGCGCUUCUCCGUCCUCUACCACGACAGCGACAACGUGUAUGUGCUCAAGAUUAAAGGUGUGUCUGCGCCUGACGCGGGCAGCUACCAGUGCCAGGUGCCCGUCAGCUCGGAGGAGGAGGAGCUCAAGGUGGAAGCCGCCCCGCCUGUUGUGGUGACGUUGCUAUCUCCAGAGGCGAUGGCUUCCUCCUCCAUGACCCUUUCUUCCUGCGGCGCCUCCCCCCUCCUCCUCCUCCUCCUUGUCCUGAUGGGGUUAGCGAGAUAAAAGGAAGCAUGGGAGGCGGAGGAGGAGGAGAGGGGAAACCGUAUAAUGAAGUGUGAUAGUACUUUAAUCUUUAUAGUGAGAACUGGUCGUGAGGUGUGUAAGAAUUUGUGUGAGUUGUGAAAUAAGUUAUGAUGAUGAGUCUUUAGAUGGUUUUCAUAAUUACGAAGAAGCGUAAGAACAUAAUGAGAGGUGUAAUCUGUCCUAGAAAAUGUAUUAACUCAGUCUUAGUGUGAUUUGUAAGAGUUGGCCUCAUAGUACGUCUUGACCCCGUAAGAAAUGCCUGAACUGGUGAAGGGUGUGCGAACUUGAUAUGUUUGUCUCGUCUUGAAUUGGUCGUAAGAAAUGCAAGAAGUUAUGGGAGAUGUAAGUCCAUUAUUCCUUUUAAGGUUAAAUCUUUCAUAGGAAAUGUAAGAACUUGUUAAGGAUGCAAAAAGAGUUAUUUUUUUAAGUUGUGAAUCGAUAGUGAGAAAUGCCAGAAGUUGUGAGAGGUAAAAGAAUGAUGAUUAUUGUACAUUGUGAAUCUGUUAUAGGAAAUGUAAGAAUUUGUGAAGGAUGUAAGAAGUCAUUGUAAGUUGCAGUCUUCAAGUGGUUGUAAUGGAUGGAAGAAGUUACGAGAGGUUUAAGGGCGUCACUGUAAGUUGUGAAUUUAUCGUAAGAAAUGAAAAAUAAAUGAGCAGGAUGUAAGAAGUCAUUAUAAGUCUUUUAGAGGUGGAAAGAAAUGGAAAAAGUAGCAAGAUAAAUUUUAAGUGUUCACUGUAAGCUGUGAGUGGUCGUAAGAAGUUGAGAAAUGUAUAAUACGAGUGUUCAUUGUACCACUUCAUGAAUUAUUGGUACACGAUAUUAUUUAUAGUAGAUCUAGGAACCUCUGUCUCUCAAAUUGGAGGCGAGUAUAAUAAUUGCUUGUGUGUAGGGUUGUAUACUUAUGUGGAGAGUUUAAUAUGAAGUGAUUGAAUGUAACAUGAAUGGUUUUUUUUUAAUAAUGGUGUAUGCAUUGAAAAGAUAUGAAUUUAUUAGGAAUAGCCUACUUUUUAUUAGUGCUGUAUAUGAUUAAUAAUUGUGGAAGUAUACAAUAAAUGCUUUCUUAAUAAUGAUGUAUGUGUUUAAAGAGUAUCAAUUUAAAAGGAACAGCCUACUUUUUAUUAAUUGUAUAUGAGUAAUGAAUGUGGAUGUAUAAUUAAUCUUUUCUUUCUUUAUAAUGUUGUAUUUUAUUAGGAGGGUAUGAAUUUAAAAGGAGUAACCUACUUUUUAUCAAUCUUGUAUAUGAGUGAUGAUUGUGGAUGUAUAAUUAAUCUUUUCUUUCUUAAUAAUGGCGUUUGUAGAAAUUGUAGUAGAGUAUGAAUUUAUGAGGAAUACCCUACUUUUCUUUAUUAAUCUUGUUUAUCAGUAAUGAAUGUGGAUGUAUAAUUAAUCUUUCCUUUCUUAAUAAUGUUUCGUAUUAAAGAAAGUAUGAAUGUAUGAGGAAUAGGCUACUUUUUCUUGGUAUCUUGAUCUUGAUCUUGAUCUUGUUGUAUAUGAGUAAUGAAUGUGGAUGUAUAUCUAAUCUUUUCUUUCUUAAUAAUGUUGUAUGUUGUUAAGAGAGUAUGGAUUUAAAAGGAACAGCCUACUUUUUUAACGCUGUAUGAUUAAUGAAUGUGGAUGUAUAUAUAAUGAAUGCUUUCUUAAAAUGAUGUUUAUAUUAAUGAGAGUAUGAAUUUAUGAGGAAUACCCUACUUUUUGUUAGUGUUGUGUAUGGUUAAUGGAUGUGGAUAUGUAGUGAACAGACACACACAUAAAAAAAAAAAAGGGGGGGGGGGGAUGCUAAAGAAGAUAUCGAACAAACUACAAAAGGUCUCCAACACCACCUUACCACGGGCCGCCUCUGGCAAAGGCCCGUGGUCCCUCUUACAGGCACAGGGAGGGAGCAAUCUUACACCACCACCACCACCUUACCUCCAGCAUCACCACCACCUUCAUCACCACCACCACCACCACCGAGUUAUGAAUCUAUAAGGAAUAGCCUACUUGUUUAACGUAUAUUUUUAAGUAAAUAUGGAUGUAUAAUGAAUGUUUUCUUAAUGUUGUAUGUGUUUAAGAGUAUGAAUCUAUAAUGAAUGCGUUUUAUUAGUGCUUUAUUUGUUUAAGAGAAUGAGUGCUUUCUUAAUAAUGAGGGUAUAUAACGCUAAAGUCUAUUCCUACAGUACUUACAAAUAUUCCUUUUUGUCUCCUAAUGUAAUACGGGAUACAAUAACACAUAACACGUUGCCAGUAUAUUGAAAACCUAAACACCGGAACUAAUUCACUAAUAUUCACCUGUACACUCGCUUGAUUAAGAGCUAUCGUGUAAGUGCAUGGUAAAUGGAUUCCUAUAAGUUACAAUGAAAAGUUUUGUUAUAUGUAUUUUUUUUCUCAUGAUGGCCACGGGGACGACUAACUGUGUAGGACUCAUCUAAGUUAAACAGAAAGAGUAAAAAUGCAAUAUAAACACAACUUCAGGCAAGGCUAUCUUCAAGGGACCUUUUCCUUCUCUCAUUUAACAUCAAGUAAAUAAACAUAUAAUAUUAUUAUAAGCUUAAGAGCGUGCUGUGUCACGAAAAGUCAAACAAUCUGUAAGUUAGAAUUACUCAAAUGUUUUAGUGGUGUUUAUUAAGGAUUGUUUCACGAAAUCAUUAAUAAACACGAAAAAAAAAAAAAACGUAUUGCACUAUAUGAGCGUCAUUUAAAGAGUUAUAGAUUAGAAAACUGACUUCUAAGAAGUUAAAUUCUGUUCACUGAAUCGCUGGCAUAUUGUCCUUUUCGUUGCUGACAAGUAUUCUAAAGAUUAUUCCUCUUCAAUAAAGUGAUGUCCGCUA